CGGCUCCGGGAGGCGGUGCUGGGGCGCAGCGGCGGGAGCGCCGGCGGCAUGGAGGCGGUGCUGGGGCAGGUGGCGCAGCUGCCGGCGCUGCUGGCCGUGUGCCGCUCCGCGCUGGUGCGCGCCUGGGACCCGCCGACCCUGGAGCGGGCCCUGGACUGGGGCCGCUACUUCCAGCACCUCCACGACCGCCUCCGCGCCCGGCCCCGGCUCCGCCACGCCGUGGGGCAGCGGCUGCGGCGGGCCCGGCCGGGCGCUCCGCCCGCCUUCGGGCAGCUGGGCCGCUGCGCCGAGCUGCUGGGCCUGGCGCUGCUGGAGAACCGCGCCCUGCCGCCCGCCGCCUGCCGCCGCCUCCUCCAGCGACUGCUGCAGCCCCCCGCCGCCCGGCCCGGCCGCCUGGCGCUGCUGGCCCGCAGGAAGGCCGCCUCCCGCCUGCUGGAGCCGCUCCGCAGUUCCCCGCCGCCGUCCCCCGGGGGCCCGGAGCCGCGGCUGGCCGCCGAAGCGGGGCUGCUGCUGGGCCGCCUGCGGGACGAGCCCCCGGGGGACCCCCGUUGGCUCGGGGGGGUCCUGCAGCAGCUGCCCCGGCCCCGAGCCUUCCGGGUGGUGGCGGCAGCGCUGCUGCUGUUGCGGCAGGGGGGAGGCCCCCAGCAAGAAGAGGAAGCAGAGGCUGUCCCCCUGCUUUCCUGGCUGCUGGAGGACGCAGAGAGGUUCGCUGCCUUCUGUCACCAGCUCCCCGGCUGUCUUCUUGCUUCGUUAGCUGCUCACUAUUCGCAAAUAAGCAAACGUUAUUUGGACAUCUUGACUGGCUGGGGAAGCAGCUUGUUGUAUGAUCCCUUGCAGGGACAGUGGGUUAAAAGCUGCCCUGAUGAGACUGAACUGUCCUGGGAGGAGCUGAGGGAGCGUUUUAGCUGCCUGUGUAAGGGAUCUGUGCUGCUCAGGGGACAGACCCAAGCUGCUCUCAAACUCCUGAAGGCACGGGAUGGAGACUUUCAAGUCCGUGGCCUAAGUGUGUGGACUGACUUACUGUUGGAAGUAGAGGAAAACUUGAGGAAACAGAGCAUUGAUACAUGAACACAAAAGCAACACAAAAAACUUCUGAAGUUCAGCAACUCUGAAUAACUCAGUAUUUGAUACGAAAGGCAGGAGCACUCUGUGUUGAUCUGGGUUGAAAACAAACAUUGAUGGGACUGAUAACACUGUUUAUGACUGUAUGUUAAGUUUGCCAGGAAGGCCUGGUACUUCUUUGUAAUUGCACUGCGGAUUCUCCUGCUCACAAGCAGGAAAUGGUUUUCUCUUAAGUGCUUACUACUCAGCUAAUAAAAUGUAUGUUUGCCAACAAAAAA